GCCCGACUUUACCUCAAGCGCCAUCGAAGCUAUAAUCUUCCCAGCAACCAAACCCCGUAUCUUGCAAUGGCUACAAUUGCGCGGUGCUUGAGGGUCGUCCGGCCCACGGCGUACUCUGCCGUUCUCAGGAACUCGGCUUCCCGCACAAUCGGUGCCCGUCCAUUUUCCAUGACCGCUACAAAUGCGGUAAGGAAAUACACCAAGGAGCACGAGUGGAUUGACCUCUCCGGCGACAUGAAGACGGGCGUCCUGGGCAUCAGCGAGUAUGCCGCCAAGCAGCUGGGCGAUAUCGUGUAUGUCGAGUUGCCCGAGGAGGGCAAGGAGGUCCAGGCAGGCGACGCCAUUGGAGCCGUCGAGUCCGUUAAGAGCGCCGCCGACAUCAACGCCCCCAUCUCUUGCAAGAUCACCCAGAUCAACCUGGUGUUGGAGGAGAAGCCCGGUACUAUCAACCAGGUCGCCGAGGACGACUCACACGGCGGCGGUUGGAUCGCAAAGGUCCAAAUUACUGAGGAGGGACUGAAGGAUUUUGAGCAGCUGUUGGACGCCAAGGCGUAUGAGGAGUACACUGCCGAGGAAGGCGAGCACUAAGGGACUUCCCUUAGCAGCUGUAGAUUGUUCGAGAGUCUUGGAGGGCGGCGGAUUACGGGAAGACCUGUUGCAUCAUUUCUUUGGGGGCAGUUCAACCUGAUAGAGACAUGGGCCUAAAAGGACUGUACCAUAACAGGCUUCUGGGACGACCAGGCGUUUGGUUCUACGCGCGUGAGUUCGAAGGGGCGUUCAACAGGCGGUCAAUGCAACAGUAGAUGACGGAGCUGUCAUCGGCAGCUCAUUAGGAGCGGACGAGAGUUAGGAGCUGGUCAUGGAGAGAUAUCUAAUCAUUACAGGAAAGGUCAUGGCUCAACUAAAUCGCCAAUGUUGUUACACAAUUGCUUUACGCAUCACCAACUUUGAGAGCCGCC